GACAAACGUUUAUGAAUUGCUUUAAAGUUGUGUUUGUUUUAAAUCAGAAAUGCAGCGGUAGAUCUAAACUACGAUUGUUGCUCUCUAAACAGAAGAUAUAAAAUUCGUCUUCUUAAAAAUAGCACGGGGAAGUGUAGCUCGCCGUUAGCUACUAUUUGGGGCUAGUAGCUGGGUAGCUGUAGCUAGCUAACUUUACUGAUAUUUUCAAUCUUCACCCAGUUUAUUAAUAUAUAAUCUGGGUAAACUGUAAAUGCCGAAUAAAAAUGCCCUUUCGUUCACAUACUGUUAAAAAACAAAUUCAAGACUGAGUCUUAGUAGUUGUUAUUUUGUUGAGAUUACUUUAAAACGUACAAAUGCUUGUUGAGCUUCGGGUCUCCUCGUAUAAACUAAAAAGCUAAAGUAUAAUGAACUUAAAGGAGUUAAGAAAGUAAACAGUAAUAUACCCAUUUGCAAAGCUUCAACUGCAUCGGUGCUGACAGUCCAGUCGCUUUGAGGCAGCUGCUGUGUCUGACAUGUGGAGCCCCUGGCCUGUGUCGGUGUUUGCUCUGGUAGCAGCUUCCAGUUUCACACCGGUACAUGUUCUGGAGUUCUGCCCGGACCCGGACUCACAUAGUCACGACAAUACGGCAUCAGACAGCCAGCUGUCCCCUAACACUUUCAAAUCCAGGUGGAACAUCAGUGUUUCAACCCUUAUGCAGAACCUGGACCAGUUCAGGGUGUCCAGCAAGAAGCUACUCGAAGCAUUCCCAAUCGAUGUGGUUGACGGUAACUUUGCUCGCUCUGUAAAGAACUGCAUAUUCUCCAAAUCCAGUCCGACGCCCCUGAAGGGCCCGUUGAGACUGGCGGCAGCUUCUAAGGAGGUCGUGGAGGGGAUUUUAGACGUAGAUGUGGCCGUGACCCAGUCGGAUGAUUUCCUGCAUUAUGCCGGCGGUGGCAGACUGCUACCGGGAUCAGAACCCCUCGCUCACAGAUAUGGGGGUCAUCAGUUUGGCUACUGGGCCGGGCAGCUGGGUGAUGGUCGAGCACAUUCUCUCGGUCAAUACACCAACAGGAAAGGAGACGUGUGGGAACUGCAGCUCAAAGGCUCUGGGAAAACACCGUACUCGAGGUCCGGAGACGGCCGAGCUGUGAUCCGUUCCUCCGUGAGGGAGUUCCUGUGCAGCGAGGCCAUGCAGUCCCUGGGUGUUCCCACCAGCAGGGCCGCCAGUCUGAUCGUAAGCGACGAGCCGGUGACGAGGGAUCGGUUCUACAACGGCAACGUGGAGACGGAGAGAGGAGCCGUUGUGCUCAGGUUAGCCAAGUCGUGGUUUCGGAUCGGCUCUCUGGAGAUUUUGUCUCAAAGUGGAGAGAUUGAUCUCCUGAGAAAGCUGGUGACCUUCGUGAUUGACGAACAUUUUCCUUCAAUCGAUUCAGAUGACCCAGAUAAAUAUUUGGUGUUUUAUUCCACGGUCGUAAAUGAAACCGCACAUCUGAUCGCCCAGUGGAUGUCGGUUGGGUUUGCACACGGUGUGUGCAACACGGAUAACUUCAGCCUCCUGUCCAUCACCAUUGAUUACGGUCCAUUCGGCUUCAUGGAGGCGUACGACCCCGAUUUCGUGCCCAACACUUCUGACGACGAGGGCCGAUACGCCAUCGGAGCUCAGGCCGACGUGGGACAGUUCAACCUGGAGAAGCUGUCGGCGGCUCUCGGCCCGGUGCUGUCUCUGCAGCAGCAGAACGAGGCUAAAAGGAUUUUAAAAGGAUUUGCGGAUAUUUACCGGAAGAGGAUGAAUCAGCUGUUUCAAGCUAAGCUGGGGCUCCUGGGGGAGCAGGAAGACGACGGCGACCUCAUCGCCUCCCUGCUGAAGAUGAUGGCGGACACGCGAUGCGACUUCACCAUGACCUUCAGGCAGCUCAGUGGAGCUUCAGCCCAGCAGCUUCACGACGGGGACUUCGCUCAGUUGUGGGCUCUUGAAGACUUGUCGUCCCACAAGCUCUUCUCUGAUUGGCUGAGCAUGUACCAGCUCCGGCUCAUGAGACAACAUGAUAGUGAUCGGGAUCGCCAGCAGAGGAUGAAAAAAGUGAACCCCAGAUAUGUGCUGAGGAACUGGAUGGCAGAAUCUGCUAUAACGAAAGCUGAGAAAAAUGAUUUUUCUGAGGUGGCGCUGCUCCACCACAUCCUGUCGUUUCCCUUUGUUACACAAGAGACUGCAGAGGAGGCGGGCUACGCCGCAAGACCUCCCUCGUGGGCCAAGAGGUUAAAGGUCAGCUGUUCCUCCUGAGAGACACUCGAGUGAAGAGGAAUACGUCCCAACGGAGACUUUAUGGUCCGUUUUUAUGCCGGUUGGAAAACAAUCCAAAAAGUCAAAAUCAUGGCUCUUAAUGUUCUCUUCUUGUAAGAUUGCGCAACACGCGUGGAUACAGUGACCAGCAAUAAAAGAGUGCUGCAGAGGAAUCCACAUUUAGAAGUGAUAAACAUUUUAUAAUGUCCAUUUUGACACCUAAAUAAAUUCAAAGAUCUGCAGAA